AUGUGAUGUGAUGUUUCUGUUUUUACUCCACUCCCACAGAAACCGAUCUCUUUUUUAUAACAUAGCGUUCCAAGGAAGUUUGACCAGCGUUUACAACUAUGCACGUUCAUUUUCCUUUUGCUGCAAGAAAUAGUUUGAUUUGCUGUUUGUAAAGUUGUGCCAACAUCCAAAGGACACAGAGAUGGUGACUUGGGAGUCAGAAACGUCACUUAACCUAAUAUGUAAACAUUAACCAACAGGUAAUGUAUAUUUGUGAAAAAUCGUUGCUAUGUCACUUAUACCACAAAGAGCCUCGUCAAGAUGGAAGGAGUUGUCACCAACGCCUCGGUGGAAGGAAUGGAUCCCACUUAUCUCUCAGCAGCAACGGCUAAGGAACAUGGUUCAAGUUGCUGCUUACAAUGUACCAUGGUAUCCUGGAAGCUCCCUCUACUUCACACUUCAUGAAACCACAAUGUCCUCCCCUUUUUAUACAAGUGAGCGUCUGCAACAUCAACACCCCAAGUGGGGAGAGAUGGAUAUGUCCAGUUUACCAUCCUCAGUUAACACCUCAGCCAAAGGUUUGGUCAUAAGACUUUGGUUACACCAAGGACAACAAAGCCAGGACACUGUUGUCCUAGUUUGGGGCUUCUAUUUGAGUGGCCUCGUCUACCUCGGUCCCCGCUUGGCUGUAACUGCAUCACAUUUCAAUGAAAAUGCUGUGGUACUACACAUGCAAGGAGGUUACUUCACAGAUCAUCAUAGCCUAAAGGAAGUGCCUUCUGAUGCCAUGGUCCGUAAUUUGUCAAUUAUGCUUCCCAUUACUGACACUCGGCCAAGCUAUUCAGUUUCUCUUCUUUUGAGACUCAGAAAUAUUCAGCAAGCCAUCAAAAAGUUAACACAACAGUCAGGCUUUUUAAGAGAAAGAAUUCUUGCUGGUGGGACAUCAAAUGAGGCUGCUCAUAUUUCAAGAGAAAGUAAUCCUACAAUUCGGAGGUUGUUAAGUAAAGGAAGACCAAAGCCUCAGGAGAGACAAGAGACAAUGACUGUUCUUUGCCAGGUAGAAAUGCUCCGUUUUAGAGUUGCUCUCCUUCGUCAAGAGAAAUUACGCAAACAGGCUCUAGUGAACAGUUUAGAAAAGCAACAACAGAUGACAGCUAAUGAAAAUGCUGACCGUAGUUGUGAGCUGACUGAACGCUAUCAAAAUUUACACAAAAAAAUAGAGCGUUUAAGAGACAAAAAGUGUUACUAUAAUGAAACACGUGAAGCACUACUUUUGAGGAGUUCACAACUUAGCUUCAGACGUAAAAAAUUAAUGUCCCUUCUCAGCCACAUUUACCCUGUUACUCUGACUGAUGGAAAAUAUAGAAUUUGUGGUAUUCAUCUCCCCAACUCAGAAGAACUUUCUCAUGCUGACGAUAUCUCCGUGUCUGUUGCCUUGGGAUUUGUAGCUCAUCUUGUUCAGAUGGUUUCCAUUUUUCUUCAAGUCCCAUUACGUUAUCCAAUCAUUCAUUUUGGAUCACGAAGCAAAAUAAUUGACCACAUCACUGAAAAGAUUCCUGAUAGGGAAAGAGAGUUUCCUCUCUUUGCUCGUGGCAAAGAUAAGAUACAGUUCCACUAUGGAGUUUAUUUAUUGAACAAAAAUAUAGCUCAACUGCGCUGGCUGGUUGGUUUUCCGACAAAUGAUCUUCGGGCAACUCUCCAUAAUGUUUAUCAUCUGCUCCAUCUAAACCAGUUUCCAACGUUGGAAAACCACCACCGCUCCAUGUCAGGUUCAUCAUUGGACGUUGUUGGGUCAUCAGUAAACGUCAGCCCUGUCGGAAGUGUGGUUACGCCUGGCUCAAGUCACAUGAUUCCCAGUCCCAACCAGCUGAGAUCAAGGCACAGAUCUGUAAAAUCUAUGGGAAGCACAGAGAUUUUGUUUCCAGGCAGUAAAAGAAGUGGAUCUUACAUGAGCCCCCCUCAUUCUUACCAUGUUACCUCUGAUGGCUUGGCUGGCAGUGCUAUCCUGAGCUACUCACUGGACAAAGGCCUUGAUGAAUAUGAAGAAAUCAAACGAUCAGAAGAUAGUAGCAGUCUCAGCAGUAACACUCGAAUGAGCAAUGCUCCAUCAUCCACCUCAGACCUUGCAUACAUUGGUUCUGAACCAAACCUAGUCAUACACAGUCAUUCGAACUCAUCAAAUGGGAAGAAAGACGCUCACAUUAUAGUCUCAGAUAAUCGAGCUAGCAAGAAAGCAAAGGGAGGAAGAGGAACUGUCCAAUCCUCCUCAGACGAAGAUUCAGCAAAUACUGACAUACCAAAUGGAAGAACAAACAAAUCCGAAUUUACUUUAGUUACAGAGAGUCUAGCAAAACUUGUAGACUCCAGCAAAAUCUUAGAUAAUGAUUCAAGGACAUCAGAAGUGGCAAAGCAAUCAGAUUUGAAUUCAAUUCUAUCUUACAGGCCUGUUCCAAAGGAAGAUUUGGGUUCAGUUGGAGGUGCUUGUGAUUUAGUGAGUAAAUCUGGCACAGGCCUUACCAAUAAAGAACCUUGUGAAAUAAAAUCUAGUGAAAAUAUAUUAAUUACUGAAAGAAGCCAUGAAGACAACUUUUCCAAGCCACGUACUUGCAUCUCUGAUGAGUGUGAACAGGAUGCACACACUGCAAGAGAGGAUGAUAUUGAGGUUGAUGUUGGGACAGAUGCUCUUGCAGCUAUGUCUUAUAGGCAGGACAGUGUAUCAGAGCUGGAAAAUGGAAGUAGGGCAGUAGAUAGUGAUAGAAAAGAAAUGAAAUGUGAUCAACAUAAAGAGUCUGAGCAUAAUCGGUUGGAGUGUGUUGGAGUUGAAGAAAGUGUUCUUGUAGAUAAUUUAUUUGCUAAUGUAACAAGUCGAACAGAAGCUCUAGCAAGCCAUGCAACCAGUUUUAAUCUUAUGAGCUCAAGACAUGGAAGUACAUAAAUGGUAAGAUUUAGACCAUCAGGGUGUGUAUUGGGAAAUGCAUAGUACCUGCAAGAUUGGUGCAAAUCUCUCUAGUCACUAAGUACUUGCACUUUGAACAGUUUAACAGUUCCAAUUCCAUUCUAUCCAUUGACAAUACUAGAUGUGUAUGUUCUAUAAAGUCCCCAAUGAUCCCACCAGGUAGAAAAAGGGCACAUGUGUAUUUAUGGGUGAAAAUUGUGCGUUACAUUUCUAUGACAUUUUUAAUUUUGCUAUCACAGAUUUGUACAGGGACCAUAACAACAAUUUAUUAUGAAUGUUCUCAGAUUUUCCCAUUUUCUACCUUUGAAUUACACAGGGCACUGUACUUCCAUGUCAUAUUACAUUUUAUCUUAAAAGGAGAAUGCUGCUGUCAUAUUUUGCCUGUUAUUUAAUUGUUACAUUUGAGCAACGUAUUCUGCUCAUUUCUUAGUGUUUCCUUAAGAGAUAAAAUUUUCAUUCAAACACAUUGAUUGUGUGUGCUUUGAAUAGCUUGUGAUAUCUUCUUUCCAUAGCUUAAACAAUUUUAAGGUAGAGUGAAAGUGAAUAUUGUUUUCAGGAUUUCUUUUGUUAUGCAGCAGAUUUGUACAUCAUUAACUCUCACUUCUGCCCAGCCUCAUUCUAUUUUUGUGCAAGUAGAAGGUUGUAUAUUUCACCAAAGAAUUCCCACAUUUCAUUUUGUGUGUUCUAAGGUGUAAGGCUUCUUACACCAGGCGAACCAAUUUUGAUACAUUUUAUUUUGUUAUCUUUAUUUUUUCCAUAAACUAUUACAAAAUUUGUCUCUGUUGACAUUUCUCAGCAAUAACUGUUUCGUUACAAUUUCCCAGCUUUUCAUCCUAUUGUAUUUUCUCAGAUUCCUAUUAUAUAUUCUAUACACUGUUAUUUUGUUCAAACAAAGAAAUUGUAAGAUCAUACCCAUAUUUUUUUUCUUGAUAUUGUUAUUUUACAAGGAAGUUAAAAUAAAUACUGAAAUAUA